UAACACGCUGUGGCCUCUGAGACGCGGUUCUGCCGACGCGGUACCCAGCCUGCCUCCUACCUAUGUAGGUACCUGGUGUCCAAGCCUCCACUCCUUUCUCUCCACAUGCACGGCCACGGACAAGUGUCGUCACCAGCCCUUGUGGACAUCAAGUGCGGCUGCACCACCUCAGACACCCGUCGCUUUCUAUCAAAGCCCGCGCAUCCAGCCUCUCUCUUCUUAGGGCAGAACCGCUAAGCCCCUUGACCGUUUUGAGGUUCAUCGAUUUCUGACGGCACCACCAAUCUUGCUGUUAUCCUUCUCGAGCGCAUCUCUGUUACUUCGCGCUGCCACCUUGAUACAUACCUGGCCACAACCGCCCUCCUCGCCCCCAUCUGACUUCGAUUUCUUUCCGCAACUCCCUAAUUCAUCGACCUUUGAACGACGCAACAUAGCAUUUGCAACCCAUCUCUGCAUUGACUGAUUGUUAUUGAUUUGCUGCCGCGGUCAACGGUCAACAUGGCGGAGAGCGGGGACUUAGACUUGGGACAGCUAUCGGCAGGUCAGCAAGAGGCUUUGCAGCAGUACACCAGUGUCACAAACCAAGACCUUAAGGAUGCGGUACCACUACUGCAGCGGUCACAAUGGAAUGUCCAGAUCGCCAUCGCCAAGUUCUUUGACGGCGAGGGCCCCGACCCAGUCGCGGAAGCUAUGGCGCAGGAUAUUCCACGGACAGCAGCACGGCAUGAGAACCUCCAAGAAAGUUUGCAUGCCUCGGCAGGCCGACCGCAAGCUCCCCGAAGAGAUCGCCCUGAGCCCGCACCGCGAGUCGUUCCCCAGCCGAAUGCCUUCCACCGGCCUCCUUUUUUGAUCGGGCUGCUGUUGGCACCCUUCAGCAUCGGAUACAGUAUCGCGUCCAAGAUCUUCCGUACGGUCUUCUACGUGCUCAACUUCCUCCCAAGACAAAUUCGGCCACGGGCCAUCACAAGUGGGCCGGGAACUGGACUAAGGAGCACCACUGGACGCCGCAUGCUAAUGCCUCGGGAUACGGCUGCACGUUUUAAACGCGAGUUCGAAGAAGAGUACGGUAACACGGGGUUGCCGUGGUUCGAGGGUGGCGUUGCUCAGGCGCAAGACUUGGCCAAAAAGGAACUCAAAUUUCUCCUCAUGGUCCUCAUGUCGCCCGAGCACGACGACACGGAAUCCUUCACGAGAGAGACGCUGCUGGCCCCCGAUGUGGUCAGCUUUAUCAAUGACCCAGCGAACAACGUCAUUCUAUGGGGCGGCAACAUACUGGACUCGGAAGCUUACCAGGUUGCUCAAGAAUACAACUGCACCAAGUACCCGUUCUCGGCAAUCGUAUGCCUCACACCCAAGGAGGGAAGCACCAGAAUGAGUAUCAUCAAGCGCCUGGCCGGCCCUAUGCCAGCAUCUACAUAUCUCUCGGAGGCACAGGCCGCUAUUAACAAGUAUGCGCCGGACCUGGCAGGCGUUCGGGCGGACAGAACAGCGCAGGAAGUGACGCGGAGCCUCAGGAACGAACAGGAUUCCGCCUACGAGCGAUCGUUGGCCAAGGACAGAGAAAGAGCACGGCAACGGCGCGAGGCGGAAAAGGCUGCGGCGGAGGCCGCGCGGAAGGCUGAAGAAGAGGCCGAGGCUGCCGCAAGACGCGAGGAACAACGGGAGAAGUGGAAACGCUGGCGGGCGACGAUAAUGGAAGAAGAGCCGCCGGCGAGCAACAAGGAUGUUGUCCGAAUUGCGCUCAAAUUGCCCGAGUCGUCCGGUGGGGGGAGAAUCGUGCGCCGAUUCCGAAACGAUACAACGAUGGAAGCACUCUAUGCGUUUGUGGAAUGCUACGACGUAUUGACGGCACCCGAGGAGGUCACUGCGGAGAAGGCGACAGCGCAGCCCGAAGGCUACGAGCAUGAGUACCAAUUCCGUAUCGCAUCUGUUAUGCCCCGGAUUGUGUACGAGCCCAGUAAGGAGGAGACGAUGGCACAAAAGAUUGGACGGUCAGGAAACCUGAUUGUGGAAGACAUGUCGGCUGAUGGCGAGUCAGACGAAGGAGAGGAUUACUCGUCGUGAAUUGCUGAAAAUGCAUUACGACGUAAGUAGUCUAGCAGGUUUGAAGGGUGAUAGGCGGGGAUAGACAGCAUCAGUAGACAACCGCGCCAUGCUGCAUGCGCAAAUUACCGAGCAGUCGCAAAUGAAGUUGUUCG